ACGCUGAGCUUCACAUCGGCGACAUCGGUGACAUCGGUGACAUCGGUGAGCUUCGUCGUCGACAUUUCAAGGUGCGAGGCCGUCGACAUCGGACGCCCAAGAUUCAGCUUCAGCUGUCAAGGGACAGCUUUCGCUGGACGAAAACGCAGGAGGCUCGUGACACGGGGAAAAAAGUCACUAGUCUCUCUCCGCGCCACUUUCACUCGCGAUUCGUCACUCACACGUGCACCGUUCGCGAAAAUACACGCACGCACGUGCGCCAGGGGUGUAGCUAGUCGACACACGCACCUCGGGUGGGAAACCGCUUGCACUAACUGGCUCCCUCACGGACCACGUGUUCGGUACUCUCUGUCCCUCCUAGCUGCCCGCGCCCGAGUGUCAACUAGAUUUCUUCCUCGGUCGCAGCCAGUAAUUGUUAUUCCACGCGUGAAAAUCGAACGACGCUGCCAUUUUUUAGCAAACCGGCUGCACGAGCCGACGCGGCUGCAACGAGUGCCUGACACCCCGCCCGAACACACCGAAACCACACCACCCCAUGAGGGUGCACCGUACCACCGUGCCGUAUCUAGCACACGAAAAAUUGCUGGUAAAAAUUCUGUGCAAGGAAUUCCCUUCGAUCCUCGUCCAACUCCUGGCGAAGUAACGCGUAUCGAUUCCAAACGUUGCCUUCCCGUAAUUACGCGGCUGAUAUUCCUCGCGCACCCGAGAUUUUUCGCCCGAUUUUUCCCUAGACAGGGGGAGUCCCGGAGGGUCCCUGCCGCUACGCCAAUGCGUCGCGCUCUUCUACGCGUUUCUCGAGGCACCUCUGGUUCGCGUACGUCGGCAGACCGGCGCGAUAAAUUCGAAUCCCUGCGAGUUAUCGCUGCCGGGGCCGACUGUAAUUUCCGAUCGAUUAAUCAAGAGGAAACUUUGGCAACGCGGUGUCGCCUGUUGCAUGCGAGUGUGUACACGACGUGCACCAACGUAAUACCGUCGAUUUGUAAACAACACGCGAGACGUUGCACGGUUUUCUCAGGCCACGAUCGCCGCUCGACGCUACAAAAAAAAACACUCUCGACUAUUUCCCACACUUUCCUCCCUUCGAUUUGCGAUCGAACCCUUCCCUCCCGAUGCGGGAAAGGAAAACAGGAAAAAAAAAAAAGGAACCGACGCAGGACACCGGGACGUUUCCACCGAGCCUCCCCGAGAACGGUCUCGCGAGCACUGGUGGAAAGUCGGCGACUUUCCGCGUGCCGGAGGCAGAAAGCGUGGCGCACAAUGGACACACGUCACCAAGCGGGGAUGUCGAGGAGCGAUCGAGCACGAAAGGCAAUUACGGGUAACACACGCGUCACUCGUUGCUCAUUCAUGGACGACUCGACGCGUUGGCGUGGCCCGAACUACUCGCGACGAUGAAAGCAAAAGGCCAGAUACUCGCAGCCCGACACCGUAGAACGGGAAACCGAGACGUGGACGUUCGAUUAGUCCGCGGUUGUCGUUUCGCGAGAACUAAGCGAUCCGUGGCCGAGACGCACGGGCAUAACACGACGAGACGACGCGAGCAAGGCAGCUGUUUCCACGUGGAGCGUCGCCCACGGAUACGUACGGCCCUGCGCCGAAGAGCUGCACCCCCAACCGCAACGGGACUGCGCCUUGCCACAGUUACUCUUUUCUGUCGCCGCCUCCGCCGCCGCCGCCGCCGCCGUUGCGGCCGCGCUUCGCCACUUUUACACGACGGAAAAAAAAAGCGUACCCGUGAUCCGUGCCGGCCGGAAGAUCACACGUAUCUGAUCGCCACAACCGUGCACGAGAUCCCGACCGAUCGCGCGAUCAUCGUAGAUCAACGCCAAUCCCGUGCCAGGGGAUGUUUUUCGCCCGUGCAAUGGCGUGACGAACGCCACAUUUUUUCUCGCUCCGAGUCGGUUUCAAAGUCUCUGCCGUCGCGGGGGACUCAACACUCGCCGGUUGACAGUGUCACCCUAAAAAUCAAUAAGGGGUUCACCCUCGACCCUGCCCACUCUCUUCCUCCUGCACCUUUCUCCGACCACCCUCCCUCCUCACCCUCCUCCUACGCCUCCUCCUACACCUCCGCCUCUUACUCUCCGCGUUUAUCCCAGGAACGUACAGCGGGGGUCGAUGGGUCGGCGAGGUUAUGGUGGUCAGACGACCAGUCAUUCUAUUAGGCGGCGUCGCGACGCCAGGAGGCCUGCUAACCUUCAAACGCCACGUUCGCGCGCACCGUGUCUAACGAUUCCGACGGACGACUCUCUUUUCUAACCCGACAUCUUUUUUCUCUUCCGAGGAAUCAUGUCGUGUCGACAACUAUUCGAUAUUUUCUCUUUUUCGUACCGUUUUUUCGUUUGGAAUUAGCGUUUACUUUUGUUGCGAGCUAUAAUAUUUUUUUUUUCUUUUUAGAGAGAAAAUUCAUCGUUCGUGCCGAUAAUUAUAUCAGGUCGUCCUAAAUGUUCGCGCCAUAUAUACUUCUAUUUCUCAAAUUAAUAUGCGAAACUGUUGAAUAUUUAUUUAGUA